UCAAAGUGUCAUUUUACUUCCUGUUUUCAUUUUUUCAUGUGACAUCUGAGAAAAUUCAUCUCGACAGUAGGAAAAAAGCUUCAGUGCUGCCACGUCAGGAUUACAGCGCUAGAUAAACACCUGGCCGAAAUCCCAAAGACACACACCAUAUAACCAGUAACGUUGCAGAAGAUAUCAGCCCGGCGUUAGGUUUCUUCAGUCAUGGAGAGCAAAUAUAACUUAAAGAGUCCAGCUGUGAAGAGGCUGAUGAAAGAGGCAGCAGAGCUGCGGGACCCAACAGAACAUUAUCACGCCCAGCCACUGGAGGAUAACCUGUUUGAGUGGCACUUCUCUGUUCGAGGACCUCCAGACUCUGAUUUUGAUGGUGGAGUUUAUCACGGUCGCAUUGUGUUGCCCCCUGAAUACCCCAUGAAGCCCCCCAGCAUCAUUCUGCUCACUCCCAAUGGAAGGUUUGAAGUUGGGAAGAAGAUCUGUCUGAGCAUUUCUGGUCACCAUCCAGAGACAUGGCAACCAUCAUGGAGCAUUCGGACAGCCUUGAUAGCAAUCAUUGGAUUCAUGCCAACUAAAGGGGAAGGAGCCAUAGGAUCUCUGGAUUACACUCCUGAGGAGAGAAGAGCUCUUGCAAAAAAGUCUCUGGAUUUCUGCUGCGACGCGUGCGGCAGCUGUAUGCGCUCUGCUCUGCUAGCGCUCUCUCCUGACAGUGACCUGCGACCUGUAGACCCUCAAGCACACAGACUGGCACAGCAGAUCAACUUUAAGGCUGAUUCCAGCUCAUCGGCUGCAGACAGUGCCAGCUCGGCAGUGGUGGCAGCGGCUUCCAGUAACAGUGAGAGCUCAACUACAGCAGAGAGAGACACUGAUGACACAACAUCAGCUGAACAGACUGAAUCAUCAUUUGCGGCUCCUGAGACCUCAAGCGAGGGUCCAUCUGUUCCAGCGGCUCCGAGUCCACGUCAGCGGCGCUCGCAGAACCAGACCCAAUCCCCGAGAUACCCCGCGUUCACGCCGUCCCCUGCCGCCCAGAUCCCCCAAGAGGACGCCAGUCACACGGGCUCGGCCGUCCUCAUCGUUCUCCUCACACUUGCACUAGCUGCGCUCAUUUUCCGCAGAAUCUAUUUGGCCCACGAGUAUAAGUUUGAUUAUGAGCUAUGAACUCUUCCUACAGCACUUGAAAGCCACCACUGUCAUUCUGCCCACUUCCAGAUCAAGCUCGCCCUCAGUCUCAUAGGACAGGAUGUAUGUUUGUCCUUCCUGGACAGAGCUUUGUAUCUUCAGAAGGGGGAAAAGAUUUCUGGAUGUGUUCACAGUACAAAACCUGAAGGGGCAAAUCUCAGUACACUUGUCAAAAACAUGUCUGGGUCUGAUUUCACCCCAAAAAAUAAAAAAUGCAAAAUUAAAUUUAAGAAGACAGUAGAGUCUUUGGACCAUUACGUGUUUUUUUUAUUUUUUUUUAUAUUGUAUUGUUACUUUCAUGACAGUUAUUCCACUUAAAAAGUAUAUUCUUAUUACUGUAAUGUGUUCUUAAUACUGUAAUUAUAUAUAUGUACUUUUUUAACUGUAAAGUAUUUAUCCGUCAUGGUAGUAAUUGUACUGCCUUUUAAUUUAUGAAGAUUUUAUUUUUUAACAAAGCAGCCUAUCUGAACACAUUACUGUAAUGAGAUUGUUUUUGAAAGUAUAAUGAAUUUGGGUGUAAUAUUCUUGUUUUCUUUUUGCAAAAUGUAAUUCAUAAAAUUAAAUUUAAUUUGGGGGUGAAAUAUGACAUGACAUGACAUGUUUUCAAGCGGUUUCUCCCAGACCCUGCAUAUAUUUGUUAAACACUUUCCCAAAUAAUGCAUUAAAAAAAAAACUAUUGUUACAAAUACGUGUACAAAAUUAGACUGAAACAAACAAAAAAUCUGAAACCUAUAGAAACUGCAGACUGUUUCUGAUGUGCUUCUGAAGUGUAUUUGUCUGUCUCAGAAUUAAACAUUUGCAUACUUUAAAAAUGCUGUAAUAAUGUAGGCAUGGUUGUAAUAUUUACUUUUAGUUAAAAACAUAUGCACAUAGAGAAAUGGUGAUGUGAAUGAAUGAUCUGAUAAUUUUCAGAAAACAUUCAGCCAGUUACAACUAUAAUGUUUUUAUUUUUUACUAGUACCUAUAUCUUUAAACUCUGGAAUUGAAACAUAGCCACAUUACAUUACAUGAUUCAGUGCUGUAGAUAAAAUCAAUGUUGGUCGUAUGUAGAUACUCAACUAAAACAUCAUCUGUUUUACUUUCUUAAGCAACAACCCAUAGUUUCCUUAUCCUAAUGUUUAAAUGGACAAAUAAUGCAAUAAACCUGAUUCAUCCAGAA